AUGGCAGAAACAGAAAAGGAACUUAUUCAAAAUCAAGGGAUCAAGGAUCCAACUCUAAAGGUUCCAAGAAGAACAUAUGUUUACAUCAUCGAACCUAUCACCAUAUCACAACCAAUCGUCCAACCAAAGCUUCCUCAAAUUGAUCCCAAAGAUAGAGGAAAACAAAAUGUUAUCUUCAAGUCAAAGAAGGAGUUAUCUAAAGAAGCUAAAAUGAAAAUAGAUGAAGAGUUAGCAAAGCAACUUGAAGCUAAGGAGUUAGAGUCUAAACAAGAGAAGAUUAAGGUCAUCAAACCUACAAACUCCUUUGCACCUCCUUCAGAUUCCUCUAAAGAUAACUGGGAUAUUCAUGUACCCCCGAAUGGUACAAAGUUCAAUCUGUGGCCAAGUGCAAUGUAUCCAGUUAAGUCUGGUAUAGACAUUGAAGAGGUGAAGAAAAUAUUCUUCUUGAAGAAACCAAUUCAAGUUGUCUUUGUAUCGUCAACGUUCAAAAUUGCCUCACUUAGUAAAAUUGACAUCCGGGAAUUUCAAAAUAUGCCAUAUGCCCUCUUUCAAGGAAAAAGGACAGAUAACUCUGAAUUCAUGUUUUCUGAAGCUGAUUUCCUUAGGAUAAAUCAAGCUGAUAUCAAAUUGUUGAUUAUUUGGUUGAUGCAGAGGGAAAGUACUAAUGAAGCAUAUGCAGAUGCCCUACAACGCUUGAGACAAUAUGUUUUGUAUAUGGUUAUUGACUUCAGUGUUGAGUGGGAGAUAGGACAACUUGGAGAAAAAGAAGAUGACGAGCCAGAUUUGGAUCUGAAUAUGGAAAAUGAUUCACCUGGGAACAUACUGAAAAACCCACAUAGAGGAGUUUUAUUUUCGUCUAAGGGUCGAUUGCGAUUUAUGAGAAUCUCUCAGAAACAUCUAUUCUCUUCUGAAUUUAUUCAAGGCGUCAUUGGUUUGUUGAAGAGAACAGGAGACCAAGAUAAUGUGUUAAGAGUGAAGAUAAUUCAAGAACACACUUGGUUUUUAAGUUUUCGGCAAUGGUUACUAAACUUAAGAAACAAAUUUUAG